CGGUGGCAGGCGGCAGGCGCCAUGGCCGGGCCCGAGCUCCGCGCGGCCCUGGAGGCGCAGCUCCGCCGCCUGGCCAUCCCGACGGUCAGCGUGGAUCACCCCGAGGUAUUUACAGUUGAAGAAAUGAUGCCUCAUAUCCAACACUUGAAAGGGGCACACAGUAAGAACCUGUUUCUUAAAGACAAAAGGAAGAAGAGUUAUUGGCUGGUAACAGUCCUUCAUGAUAGGAAGAUUAACCUGAAUGAUCUGGCCAAACAGCUUGGUGUUGGAAGUGGAAAUUUGAGGUUUGCUGAUGAAAUGGCUAUGCUAGAAAAGCUGAAAGUUGGGCAGGGCUGUGCCACACCUCUGGCUCUCUUCUGUGACCAGGGAGAUGUGAAAUUUGUCCUGGACUCUGCUUUUCUGGAAGGUGGAUAUGAAAAGGUGUACUUCCAUCCAAUGACAAACACAGCCACAAUGGGCUUGAGCCCUGACGACUUUCUCACCUUUGUGAAGAAGACUGGGCAUGAUCCUAUAAUAUUAAAAUUGGAUUAAACUAAUGGGCCAACAUUUUGAAUAAAAUGUAACUUUGGAAACUGUCAA